AUGGUUAGCAGGCGGCUCGAUCUGCUGACGCAUGUGAGCCAGAUCUCCUGGAAAAGUAAUUGGACACGCUACCUCUUGAAACUGUACCCCUUGUGCCCGACAAGACAAGUUCGAGAAGGGACGAGUGCGCAGAUCCAAGAAUUGUCGUCUUGCACAGCUUCAUGUUUUAUCCAGAAACGGAAAGCUGCCAAGUUGCGACAGCUACGGAGAUCCACGCACAUAUUAAACAUGGACGGUGAUCCAGCCGUGGAGCCAGAGCUCGAUGGCUUCAGUCGCGUAUUGCCAUUACCCUACCGUGUUGCGCUCAUUAUUGUCCUGGGCAUCUGGGCUUGGGGCCUCAACCUCCACUACCUCUCCCUGAUCAAGAUAGAUGUCCCAAGUCUGAUCCGCUACCCCGGCCGUACUUCACCGCACCAUCCCUCUCACCACCUGUCCUGCUACCGUAUCGCGACGUUCCUAUCCAUCCCGCUUGCGCUCUCGCUCCUUCUAUUCUGGGUCCUCACAAACGGCAGCCCAAAAGACAUCGCAGCAUGGGAGAUUCUACCAAACUUGUACCUCUUAGUACUAGUAAUCGGCUUCAUAGCCCCCCUACCCUUCGUCUCGCGCAAUGGCCGCUCCCGCACGCUCACGACACUGAAGCGCAUAUCCAUUGGCGGAAUCGCAGAGGCGCAAGACGGCAAAUUCGGUGACAUACUGCUCGCAGAUGCGCUGACGAGCUAUGCAAAAGUCCUCGGUGACCUCUUUGUUUCACUAUGCAUGUUCUUCUCGUCAUCACAUAGUUCGACAGGGCCUCCGAACCGUAGCUGCGGCGGAGCAUUCUGGGUCCCGUUCAUCAUAUCCAUACCUUCAUUGAUUCGGCUUCGACAGUGCCUGACAGAGUACUUCCGUGUGCAACGUGCAAACAAGCGAUCAGGGCAGAUCAGUCCUGCGACGGGAUGGGGCGGCGUGCAUCUCGCCAACGCGUUGAAGUACUCCACGGCCUUCCCCGUCAUCAUCCUCAGCGCCCUGCAGCGCUCACCCGACUCCACCAAACUCGGCCUCUCAGAAGCAGCACUCUUCCGUCUAUGGAUGGCCGCUGUCUUCGUAAAUUCGGGCUACUCCUUCUGGUGGGACGUAUCCCGGGAUUGGGACCUCACACUCUUUUUCAGCCGGGAAAGAAACAGCCCGGAGUACCCCUGGGGCUUGCGACGCCAUCGCUGGUUUCACGCCAAGGAGUUCUACUAUUCCGCGGUUGUCGUGGAUGCGCUGUUGCGGUGUACAUGGAGCUUGAAGCUCAGUCCACAUCUUGACCAUUUCAAUGAUCUGGAGGGCGGCAUAUUCACCAUGGAGGUGCUUGAAGUGCUGCGUAGAUGGGUAUGGAUCUUUUUUCGCGUCGAGUGCGAGUGGGUACGAAAUCACCGUGGACCGGCAGUUGACGAUGUGCUGCUCACUGAUAUGUCGAAUAAAUACGACGACAGUGACUGAACCACACAAUAGAAUAAUCAAUCAACAUUGUUUACGAGCAUCAAUAUCUACAAUUACUGAGCAUGUAUGACUUUAAAAUAACUUGUUUAGUGUGUAGAAUCCCCGGCCCACCAUAGCAAUAGCCGUCCUCGAAAGCACUUCUGGGCAGAAGCAAGACAGAACAACUUCCUCAAAUCAUGUAGUCGCCGCCCUGGUCCGUCAAAACGACACACGUGUGGGUCGGAUUUAUGCGGUAAGGCGGUAGACCUACAUCGAAUCACUAUCCUACCUUAUCUUUAUCCCUGGUAUUAACACGCCAAUCACCAUACUUCACUCCAUGCAACCAUAAGCCAACCCGCCAAGCUUUCGAGGAAAGGCUCUCGACUGCCUGCUUGUCUGUCUGUCGUAUCCAACCCC